AUGGCAACGUCGCUGCGGAGCCCCGGAUGUAGCCCGCCCCGCGCGCUCGGCCGACAGUGUGCAUGCGCGGAGUUCCAGCGGGCCGAUGGGCCAACCGUGCUGGCUCCCGGGGUUGCUGUAUCCCCGAGAAGCCCCAAGAGAGCGCCGAGGUCCAGCCUCCAACUCCUGCAGGACAAUCCCUGCCUAGUGGAGCUAUUGUCCCAUGUGCUGAAGCCUCAGGAUGUGAGCCCAGGGGUCCUCUCCUUUGCCCUGCGCCUGGCCGGGAUCUUUGCAGCCCAGGAGGACUGCUUCCAGUACCUUGAGCAGGGGCAGCUGCUUCUGGGGCUCUUUGGGGAGGCAGGUGCCCUCAGCUGGACAGCCUGGAAUGUCCCUGGUGUACGCAGUGGCUGGAUCCAGGGUCUGCGAGCCCUGGCGUGCCACCCCGGUGCCUUGCACUUCCUAGCUUACAGUGGCGCUGUGGACUCAGUCUUCUCCCUGCAGGGAGACCCCAGCUUGUUUGUGGCCUCAGCAGCCAGUCAGCUCCUGGUGCACAUCCUGGCUUUGUCCCUCCAAGAUGUAGCACCUGGAGCCCUCCACCCAGAGGGCAGUACCUGGCCUGCGUGUGCCCAGAAGAUUGUGGGUCACGUGGAGGAGUCCUUGCGCUCCACAGCCUCCCCACAGGUCACACAGGCCCUGAACGUGCUGACCUCGACCUUUGGGCGUUGCCACAGCCCCUGGACACGGGCCCUCUGGGGGCAGCUGAGUCCUCUUGUGGCCCAUCUGCUGGAGAGAGACCCUAUCCCAGCCAUACACUCACUUGUGGACCUCCUCCUCAGUGUGGCUCGGUCUCCUGUGUUCAGUGCUGCAGCCUGCGGACUGGAGGAGAUGCUGGCACAGACGCUGAGCCGCCUGAGCCCCAUGCAAGCUGGGCCUCUGGCCCUGGGGACCCUGAAACUCCAGAACUGUCCACAGGCUCUGCGGGCCCAGGCCUUUGGAGUCCUCUUCCAGCCCCUGGUCUGCAUCCUGAAAGCUACCUCCCAGACCGAUGGACCCCCAGGCCUGCUGGAUGGAACUGUGGAUGGCUCGCUGACAGUGGACGUGCUCCUGUCCUCCAAGUCGGCCUGCGCGGGGCUUCUGUGCCAGACCCUGGCUCACCUGGCAGAGCUGCAGGUGCUGCCCCAGAGCCUCUCUCCCUGGCCCCAGGGACCCCUGCUGGAUGCUGUAAUAACUAUUCUGCACCUCUGUGAUGGCUCGGAGGCUCCCACUUCCAGUGCAGAGGGCCGCCUCUGUGGGACCCUGGUGGGCUGUGUCCGGGUCCAACGAGCGGCCCUUGACUUCUUGGGGACACUGUCUCAGGGAACCAGCCCCCAGGAGUCUGUGCUGCGGGUGUUUGCCAUCCUCUUGAAGAGCCUCGAGAGCCCAGAGUCCAGCCCCACGGUUCUGAAGAAGGCCUUCCAGGCCACGCUCAGAUGGCUCCGGAACUUGUGCAAGACCCCUGGCUGCUCUGAUCUCAGCCCCGACACCCUGCUGUUCCUCAGAGAGCUGUUCCCCGUGCUGCAGAAGCGCCUGUGUAGCCCCUGCUGGGAGGUGAGGGACUCAGCCCUAGAGUUCCUGACGCACCUGAGCUCACACUGGGGAGGGCAAGCUGACUUCAGAGAGGCGCUCCAGGCUUCAGAGGUGCCCACACUCACCCGGCAGCUCCUCCAGGAUCCUGAGAGUUAUGUCCGAGCAAGUGCCAUAGCUGCUGCUGGGCAGCUCUCUGGCCAUGGCCUGCAAGCUGUCCCUGAGAACCAGCAGGCCCAGCAGGGCCUACUUGAGGACCUCAUGCACAUCCUGUGCACAGACUCUGAGGGUUUCCCACGGAGGGCCGUCCUGCAGGUCUUCACCAAGUGGCUGAGAGACAGUCACACCGCCGUGGUCCGGGACACAGAGAGGUUUGUGGCCACAGUCCUGCAGGCGGUGAGCCAGGAUCUGGACUGGGAGGUCCGGGUGCUGGGCCUGGAGCUGGCGCAGGUUUUCCUGGCCCAGACACUGGGGUGGUCUGGCGCCCAGUGUCCCUAUGUAGUGUCCCUGCACGAGGCUACCUCGCCCAGCCCCUGUCCCGAGGUACUACGGACUCUCUGCCGGCUGCCAAUCUUUGAGUUUGCCCUUCAUGCCUUGUUUGAUUGUGACCGGCCUGUGGCCCAAAAGGCCUGCGACUUCCUCCUCCUCCUGAGGGACAAGGUGGCUUCUUGCAGUGGCUUGCUGGAGGCCGCAGGCAGUCCAGAUCCGGCCGCAGUGGAGGCCAUCCUACAGAAGUGGCAGGAGGGCGAGCAGGGGCAGCCCCUGGGGACCCUGGACCCUGAGGCCAUGCUGGCUGUUCUGAGGUCCCUAGACCUGGAGGGCCUGCAGGGCAGGCUGGCCAGGAGCAGUGACCACGUGGAGAAGAGCCCACAGUCCCUCCUGCAGGACAUGCUGGCCACGGUGGGCGCGCUAGACGAGAACGAAGCCGACUGUUACUGAGGUGCGCUGCCCCCUGCCGUGCUGGGUCCACACAGGCCAGUUCGCAAGAGACCCUCCAGGGAAGUGGAUAGAGAUCUGGACAUGGCAGCCCACACCUAUAGCCCCAGGGUUUGGGAGUCCUAGUCAGGAGGAUUUGGAAUUCCUGGGCUAUAUACUGAGACCCUAUCUC